UUUCGUUUUCUUUAUUUUCUCUUCUUCUUCAUCAACCUCCAUAUUGGAUAGUAAUAGAUUCACCGUCACACUCCAACGUAUAUUUUCUUCCUCAUAAAACGCCAAAUGAAACAACUUAUCCGCCGUCUCUCCCGUGUUGCCGAUACCUCCUCCCAGUACAGACUCCUCCGUUCCGACACCUCCACGGACACGCGUAGAACCGAAUCAUUCCGCGUCGCCGUCUCCUUCUCGAAGAAGCCUGGACGCCUGACGGUUCCCGAAGGUCACGUACCGGUUUACGUGGGGGAAGACAUGGAGCGAUUCGUCGUGAGCGCGGAGUUGCUGAACCACCCGGUUUUCGUUGGGUUGCUUAAUAAGUCGGCUCAGGAGUAUGGGUAUGAGCAGAAAGGGGUGCUUCAUAUUCCCUGUCACGUGCUGGUUUUCGAACGGGUCAUGGAAGCGUUGAGACUUGGGGUCUCGUCACAUGACCUCCAAGAUCUCCUCCGUUCUUUCUCGGACGACUGUUUUUUUAUUUCUAGGAUGAAGAAAACGGUACUACGCUGUCGUUUUUAGUUGUGUAAAUAUAGAAGCUUAAAGGAAAACUGAAAA